AUGGCGCCAGUGAUAUGGGGAUUGGAUCUGAAGGAGAUGCAAUGGUAUAAGUUCGGGAACAGCUAUAUGUGGAAGAACAGAGACUACCACCUGCGUCGGACCAAGUUCAUCAUCUACCAAUGCGCCCUGAUCUUUUGCGUGGUAUCUGAGUCUUUGGGCACGGCGGCCUUGUCAGACUACGUCGACUCCCAAAAAUUCGUCAAGCGCCUCGAUCGCCGAAUAUACGUCUACAACAACGACUACAUCGCCGUGGCCUCCUACAACAUCUUCGCCGGCGUCUUCGUCGCCUUCAUCUUCGGCGCUGCGUUCUUCUUCGAUCUGUUCUGGCCGGAGCGACGCGAGAACAAGGCCGUGCGAACGGCGUGGAAAGUCUGCGGUGUGCUGGCCUGCGUCUUUUACUGCGCCGAUGCGUUUGCCUUGACGAUCAUCACGGCGACGCAGUGCCAGUAUUUCAGAGGAGACGGGUUCACCAGAGAGUAUGCGGAGUCGCUGCUGAGGCAGUUCAAGAAGGAUGGUGGGACGCCCCUGUGCUACAGGAAUAAUGGCCGUGCGAUCGCCGCUGUGGUGUUUUGCUGGCCGGGAUUCUUGAGCGUUAUUGCGAGGUAA